AUGCAAAGACCUGCCGAGCCCGGUCCUGUGACGGCGGCAGCGGGGUCGUUCGCGUCCUCUGCGGCACAGCAGGACCCUGCCAAAGGUGCAGUGGAGGCGAACGACCCCGCCAUGCUGACAGCACCGCUCGGCCUGCAGGCGACGGUGCUCUCCCAGCCUCUCUUCUUCCCCUCCUUGGGCGAGGAUCUCGGCGACAUCGCCGAGGAGGGCGACAUCCUCUUCCCCGUUCUUGGUGACCCGUGGAGCCGCGUGCGGCGCGGCCAGCCGCCGUGUAGCUGCCCUACUUCAACGCCGAUGGCGUCGUCAGCGCAGCAGCAGCAGCAGCAACCCACCCGCGAGGCCGUCACGAUACCGGUGAACUUGUACUUCUCCACAUCCUUUUGUGUACAGCCAGUGCUGACACUACCGCGCAGGAUGAGCGCACUGCUUGCCAGCGAGGUGUUCCGCGCUCUCCUGUGCUUCCACAACACGGCCAACUACAGCCUAACGCAGGCGCGCUUUCACGUAGGCGUGGCGCAACCGCCGGCGCCGCUGCGGCGUGCCUUACUGCGUUGCACCGCGGAGACGCUCCCACCCAAGUCGCACUACACCCUUGUUGCAGCGGUGCCGCUGAGCGAGGCGAGCACUUAUGCGCUGGCGGUGGUGGUGGACUACUACGACCCGAGCGGGCGGCAGCGGCAGCUCAAGUGGAGCAGCACGUUCAAGACGGAGCAACCGAUCAUGGAAGUGCAGCCGAGGUUUCUGCGAUAUGUCCGGCCAACGUGGACGGCGGCGAAGGACCAACCAGACGCCAGCGACAGCGACAGUGGAUCCGAGCAGCGCUCAUCAACUUCCUCACGCGCGUACGCGCUCUACCGACUGAGCAUUGGCCUGAAGAACAUGUCAAGCGUGCCGCUCUGCCUCGCCGACUCUAAGCUGGUUCUGCCAAGCCUCGCCCAUCACCGCGGUGCGGCGGUGUUCCGUGAGGUGGUGGCAAGCGACGGCCGCGUAGAAACCGCGGAGCUGCGAAAGUGUUGCCGCACUUCGUCAACGGCAGCGGAAGGAUCGCGGGUGCCGGCGCCGGUCCUCCUCAUGCCGGGCGACAAGCACCUGCUGCUCUUCACCGUUGGCAUCCUCCUGGAGGAGCUGCGGCACGCCACGGUGGUGCACGGCCGCGGCGGCCUCAUGACACGUCGUCUUAGUCCUCGGCUUUCAUCACUGGGGUAUGUGCAGUGGACGUGGUGCCGCGCGAAUGGAGAGACUGGAACGGCGCGGAGCGCACCGCUGCGCGUCAACGAGCUCUUGAUAGAGGCGGAGGUGGAGCUGCGCGUCACACACGUCAUCGCUGAGUCGGCAGCCCACCCCCCGACACGGCCACCACGGUCGAGGACGGCAGCUUCGGAGGGCGGUGGCGUUGCGACAGCUGAUCCUCACCACCAUGCGCUGCACAAGCAAACACCGCCUGCGCCUCUCCUUGCUGGGUCGCCCGUCACGGUACAAUUCAAGGUGGUCAACCACAGCAACGUGCAUCGCUACGACGUGGCGGUCAAGGUUCGUGUGGAGCAUCUAGCGCCGCAGUGGCUCUACGCGGGGCCCACCGUGCGCCUGCUCGGUCUUCUAGAGUCUGCAAGCAGUCUAGCCUUUUCUCUGACGCUCCUGCCAUGGCAGGCGGGGUGGCGCAGCCUCUCACGCGACGCGAUAGAACUCGUGGACGCUCGCACGCCGCAGACCGUCCUGUGGCCGCCGUCUGCAACGGCCCUGCUGCAGUCCGUCUCGGGCGAGAGCGAUGUCAACCUCGGUGAAGCGGCCAGCGUGCGUGGCGACAAGACAGACGGGGGCGAGGAGGCGACGCUGGCGGCGACAGCGCCGGCGAUCGCGGCGGUUGCCAUGAAGGCCCUCCCGGCUGUGAAUGCUGACACGCUGUGCGAUGUGUUGGUUCUCUGA